GGAAAGAAAGAAAAGAGGACAACUUUAUUAUUAUAAAAUAUACAAUUAGAGUGUCUCUAUCCGGGUACGCAUUCUGAAUCCUUUUUCCUUUAAAAGAAAGACAAGUACAAAGAUGAGCGUCAUUACAUCUGAUGAAAAGACAAAAUAUGCCGAAAUCUUCCAAGCGCGUGGUGCAGUUAAUGGCUACAUGUCAGGCUCAAUUGCAAGAGAUGUCCUUUUGAGUUCAAGCUUACCACCAGAUAGACUCGAAAGAAUUUGGGACCUUUCAGAUAUUGACAAGGAUGGAAGUCUAGAUUUCGAAGAGUUUUGUAUUGCUAUGCAUCUUACGUUCGAGUGCAUCAAUGGAGCCGAAACACCAACCAGCCUACCACCAUCAUUAGUUCCACAAUCCAAAAUACAUUUAUUUCCAAAUGGAUACAUGUCACAACCGCAUUCAGGAAUGAUGCCUCAGCAGACAGGAAUGAUGCCACAACAGACAGGAUACGCACCCUAUCAACAGCCUUAUGCUACUGGAUAUACUCAGGCUUCACCAGCUUCCGGCCCAGUCGAAUUUAGUUGGGACAUGACACCACAGGACAUGACUUCAUACCAAAAUAUCUAUUCAAAAUAUGCGAAUGAAACCGGCAAAGUAAAGUUUGGCUUAAUGGAUGACUUUUACAGAUCUCUUGGGCUCUCACAUGCAGACCUAUCCGAUGCAUGGUCGUUGGUGGAUGUAAAUCACACUCUAGCUCUUACCCAAGAUCAAUGUAUUACUUAUUUCCAUAUCUUGAACCAACGGACGAAAGGGGCUCCUAUCCCCAAAGAACUUCCCCCGGAUCUUCAGGCAGCAUUUGCAGGCGAGUACGCUGCUGAUUUGGGAGAACGUCCGGGAGCAGGCACUGGAGCACGCAAGGGCAACAAUCAAUCGAUGUCCAAAAGUGCUCAAUUAGCUGAUAGUUAUGUGAACCGCCUUGGUGUGGCAAGUACCUCUCUUAGCUCCAAAGGCGUGUGUGUGUGUGUGUGUGUGCAAAUGAUAGGAACAUCUGUAAAGGGGGAAAAAUAUGAUGAGGAAGAAAUGUUGAAACGAGAAUUGGCAGCCUUAAAACUGCAAGCAAAAGAGGCCGAGAAGCGUGCUCUGGCCAUGAAAGAAAAUAACUCUGCCCAUGAUUUUGAAUCACGUCCUCUACGGGACCAAUUCCAGGCCUUGUAUGAUUACAAGUUACAACAACUCACUAACCAAGCCGACGUUGCUGACAAAAUCCAGAAGCAAUCUAGGGACAUUGAGGUCGGACGUGAUGCAAUCCGUCGAUUGGAUAGACUUGUCGAAGAAGCGCGAGACAAGAAGCGAGAAUUGGAAGCGUUACUAGAAGAAAGAAGAAUGGAGGUUGUGAAGACAGAUCGAUUAUUAAACGAGGCAUGAUUGAUACAUCUCAGUUUAUCAAAUACGCAAACACAGACAUCCACAUCUUUUAUACACAUCUUUAUAUGUAUACGAACAAAAUAAGAAAAUAAGAUCAUUACUUAUUGAGGAAGAAAAGGAAAAGAAAGAUAAAGCUCAAGAGUUAUUUUAGAUAUU